AUGGCGACUUCAGGGGGGAAGGCGCGGCGCGAGGAGACCAGUGACAACUCCGACGACGAGCUGCUACCGCUCGCGAACGAUACCUAUGGUGGAAGAGGUCGCUCCACGAUCGCCACGGUGCCGGAACCCGCUCAAAUGCCAAGGUUGUCAACUCUGACGACACAACUUUCGAUCGAGUGCGCCACAUUUUUGCGCCCCACUUCUUCCUAUAUAGACGGGGCUAGCAACGUUAGAAUGAGUGAUCAAGAUCGCAAGAGCUAUUACGAGAGGCAGGAUUUGACUGAUAUAGAGCCUGUAUAUGCGGCUAACAACAAUAACUCGAUUUACAGCAAUUACUGUAGUAUUUACAGUCAAAGAACAGUCCAAGAAACAAAAGGAUGGGACGUCUUCAGAGAAUUUCCACCGAAGCAGGACAGUGGGUCCAUGGAGAGUCAGAAAUGUUUAGAGUUUACAGUAAGAAUUCUCAAAGUGCUGGCGUACACAAUCACCUUCAUAGUGGUUCUUGCAUCUGGAGUAAUAGCCAAAGGAACAGUACUUUUUAUGACCUCGCAAUUGAAGAAAGAUAGGCGUCUUGCGUAUUGUAAUAGGAAUUUAGGUAGGGAUAAACAAUUUGUAGUCACACUGCCCGAUGAAGAGCGAGUUGCAUGGAUGUGGGUGAUACUUGCAGCAUUUGCAAUUCCGGAAAUUGGCGCAUUUAUUCGUGCAGUAAGAAUAUGCUUCUUCAAAUCUUCCAAGAAACCGAGCGCCGUGCAAUUUAUGGUGGUUUUCAUAGCGGAAUCGUUACAUACGGUCGGUAUGGGAUUACUAUUUUUCAAAAUACUACCCGAGCUGGAUGUGGUUAAAGGAGCUAUGAUAACUAACUGUCUCUGCAUUGUGCCGGCAAUUCUUGGCCUGCUCUCUAGAAAUUCACGUGAUUCGAAGAGAUUUGUGAAAGUUAUCGUUGAUAUGGCUGCUAUAGUCGCACAAGUCACUGGUUUCAUUGUUUGGCCGUUGUUGGAGAAAAAACCAGUUCUCUGGCUCAUCCCGAUAUCAGCGUUGUGCAUCUCUUUAGGAUGGUGGGAAAACUAUGUGACCCGGAAAAGUCCCAUUGGGAUUAUUAAGAGUUUGGCAAGACUGAAGGAUGAAUUAAACCACACUCGUUAUUUUACAUAUCGAAUUAUAUCGCUUUGGAAGGUCAUUCUAUUUCUUCUAAUCAUUCUCUUCACAAUAUGGAUAGAUGGUGACGAUCCUGCUAUGUUUUUCCAAUUGUUCAAUUCUGGCUUUGGGCCGCACAAUAUUGUUAUAGAAGAGGUUCAAAUACAACUCGGCGGUACAGUUAUACCAGAUUUAGCAAAUGCUACUCUCACAGGAGAUUCGGUUGAAGUUGCGGCGGUAUAUAAGUCAGCUUUCUAUGUGUUGUUAAUUCAAGUCUUUGCCGCAUAUUUCUGUUAUAUAUUUGGAAAAUUUGCUUGCAAAAUCCUCAUUCAAGGCUUCAGUUACGCUUUCCCAAUAAACCUGGUAAUACCCUUGGUAGUUAAUUUCCUAAUAGCUGCAUGUGGUCUAAGAAAUGGCGAUACUUGUAUAUUUCACGGUACAGUUCCUGAUUAUCUUUUCUUUGAGAGCCCACCAGUCUUUUCGCUCAGCGAUUUUAUUUCUCGACAAAUGGCGUGGAUAUGGCUUUUAUGGCUGCUUUCUCAAACGUGGAUUACCAUACAUAUAUGGAUUCCAAAAGCUGAGCGUUUGGCGUCAACUGAAAAACUAUUCGUACUUCCAAUGUAUAACGGGCUUUUAAUUGAUCAAAGUAUGGCAUUUAACCGGAAGAGAGAUGAUCAAAGAGAUGUUAAAACCGAGGAUUUAGCGGAAAUAGAAAAAGAGAAAGGUGAUGAAUAUUACGAAACCAUUUCGGUACAUACAGACAAUACCGGUUCGUCGCCUAAAACCAUCAAAUCAUCUGAUCAAAUCACAAGAAUAUACGCAUGCGCUACUAUGUGGCACGAAACAAAAGACGAAAUGAUCGAGUUCUUAAAGUCUAUUCUAAGGUUAGACGAAGACCAAUGCGCUCGGAGGGUCGCUCAAAAGUAUCUACGUGUUGUCGAUCCUGAUUAUUAUGAAUUUGAAACUCAUAUAUAUUUGGACGAUGCGUUUGAAAUAUCUGAUCACAGUGAUGACGAUUCUCAAGUGAAUCGAUUCGUCAAACUUCUUGUUGAUACAAUCGAUGAAGCCGCAUCCGAAGUUCAUCAAACAAUUAUUCGUGUUCGACCACCAAAGAAAUUCCCAGCUCCAUACGGAGGACGCUUGACUUGGGUGUUGCCUGGCAAGACUAAAAUGAUCUGUCACUUGAAAGAUAAGGCUAGAAUUCGUCACAGGAAACGUUGGUCACAGGUCAUGUACAUGUACUACCUUCUCGGACAUCGUCUCAUGGAGCUCCCGAUAUCAGUCGAUCGUAAAGAAGUUAUGGCUGAAAAUACGUUUUUAUUAACAUUAGACGGAGACAUUGAUUUCCAACCACACGCCGUUAGACUGCUUAUUGAUUUGAUGAAGAAAAAUAAAAAUCUGGGCGCAGCCUGUGGUCGUAUUCACCCGGUUGGAUCUGGAUUAAUGGUGUGGUAUCAAAUGUUCGAAUACGCUAUCGGCCAUUGGCUGCAAAAGGCGACUGAGCAUAUGAUUGGCUGUGUACUUUGUAGUCCUGGAUGCUUCUCACUCUUUAGAGGAAAGGCUUUGAUGGACGACAACGUCAUGAAGAAAUAUACUCUACGAUCUGAUGAAGCUCGGCAUUAUGUACAAUAUGAUCAAGGAGAAGAUCGUUGGCUCUGUACAUUAUUGCUGCAAAGAGGAUACCGUGUAGAAUACUCAGCCGCUUCAGAUGCGUACACGCAUUGUCCGGAAGGAUUCAAUGAAUUUUAUAAUCAACGUCGUCGCUGGGUGCCCUCUACUAUUGCUAACAUUAUGGAUUUGCUUGCCGAUUAUAAACACACGAUUAAAAUUAAUGACAAUAUUUCGACUCCCUAUAUUGCUUACCAGAUGAUGUUGAUGGGUGGUACAAUUUUGGGCCCUGGCACUAUAUUUCUUAUGUUGGUGGGAGCUUUCGUGGCAGCUUUUAGAAUUGACAAUUGGACUUCCUUCGAAUAUAAUUUGUAUCCUAUCGCAAUCUUUAUGUUCGUUUGUUUCACGAUGAAAUCAGAAUAUCAGUUAUUGGUCGCGCAAAUUUUGUCAACAGCUUAUGCAAUGAUAAUGAUGGCUGUAAUCGUGGGUACGGCACUUCAGUUAGGGGAGGACGGUAUCGGAUCUCCAUCAGCUAUAUUCUUAAUAUCACUUUCGAGUUCUUUCUUUAUAGCAGCUUGUUUGCAUCCGCAAGAGUUUUGGUGUAUAGUACCGGGCAUCAUUUAUUUACUUUCGAUUCCCUCUAUGUACUUAUUAUUGAUUUUGUACUCCAUUAUAAAUCUGAACAACGUAACAUGGGGAACGAGAGAAGUUCAAGUGAAGAAGACGAAGAAGGAAAUUGAAGAAGAGAAGAAAGCUGCAGAAGAUGCCAAAAAAAGCGCUAAGCAGAAAUCGUUGCUUGGUUUCCUUCAAGGAGUAAACAGUAAUGAAGAAGAAGGUUCAAUUGAAUUCUCAUUUGCCGGACUGUUUAAAUGUUUGCUCUGCACUCAUCCUAAAGGAAAUGAAGAGAAAGUUCAACUCAUGCACAUAGCGUCAACUCUGGACAAGUUAGAGAAAAAAUUAGAGAAUGUAGAAAGAAUUGUGGAUCCACAUGCACAUUCGAGAGGACGUAAAUUAUCUAUAGGAAUGAGAGGUAGUACUAAUGGAGAUCAUUUAGGACCUGUGGCCGAAGGUGAAGAGGAAGAUCAUGAUUCAGAUUCCGAGACUGACACCAUGUCUUCAACACCCAGGGAAAAACGAGAUCAUUUGAUUAAUCCGUAUUGGAUAGAAGAUGCGGAUUUGAAAAAAGGAGAAGUUGAUUUCUUAAGUCAAUCAGAAUUAUCAUUCUGGAAAGAUCUUAUUGACAAAUAUCUAUAUCCUAUUGACGAAAACAAGGAGGAAAAGGCACGUAUAUCCAGAGAUCUUAAAGAAUUGAGAGACUCGUCAGUAUUUUCAUUCUUUAUGGUUAAUGCUCUUUUUGUGCUCAUUGUUUUCUUGCUGCAACUCAACAAGGACAACCUUCAUAUAAAAUGGCCGCUUGGAGUAAAAACUAAUAUUACUUAUGAUGAGGUUUCGCAAGAGGCUCGAAUUGCACGUGAUUUACUUGAGCUUCGCAAUAAGUCAGUUUUUGCGUUUGUUAUGUUCAAUGCUUUAUUUAUAUUGAUAGUAUUUUUAUUACAACUCAACAAAGAUCAACUCCACGUGAUUUGGCCUUUGGGUGUAAAGACAAACAUAACGUACGUCGAGGAUACAGGCGAGGUGCUCAUAUCAAAGGAAUACUUGCAAUUGGAACCAAUCGGUCUAGUCUUUGUAUUUUUCUUCGCCUUGAUCUUGGUUAUACAAUUCAGUGCUAUGUUGUUCCAUAGAUUUGGUACACUUUCUCAUAUAUUAGCUUCAACUGAACUUAACUGGUUUGGUUGCACAAAGAAAUCUGAAGACUUAUCACAAGAUGCGUUACUAGAUAAAAACGCAAUAGCAAUAGUAAAAGACUUACAGAAAUUAAAUGGACUGGAUGACGAUUAUGAUAACGAUUCUGGUUCGGGACCACAAAAUGUGGGCAGACGAAAAACAAUUCACAACUUAGAAAAGGCCAGGCAAAAGAAGAGGAAUAUAGGAACGCUAGAUGUGGCUUUCAAGAAACGAUUCUUCAACAUGAAUGCCACCGAUGGACCAGGUACACCAGUACUGAACCGAAAGAUGACGUUACGUAGAGAGACACUUAAAGCUUUAGAAACGAGAAGAAAUUCCGUUAUGGCAGAACGUCGGAAAUCACAGAUGCAAACACUUGGCGCUAACAAUGAAUAUGGAGUUACAGGAAUGCUUAACAACAACCAUGGAGUCCAGCCACGACAUCGUACUUCUACGGCUAAUAUUUCAGUGAAAGACGUAUUUGCUGAACCUAACGGAGGAAUGAUUAAUCGAGGAUAUGAAGCUACUUUAGGCGAUCAAGACGACAGCAACUCUAUAAGACUUCAACCAAGACAAAAUCAAGUUUCCUUUCAAGGAAGAUUU